CGCUCCGGCGCACAGAGACCGUACAAGCCACAGGCAGAAGAUGAAGCUUAGGAGAAAGCUCCCCACGGUUCUCUGCAUUGGGCUGACUCUGGCCAUUGCUGUCAAUCUCCUUCUGGUAUUUUAUACCACGGGGGCUUUACAAAGCUUUGUUCUGGGGAGUCUCCAUAAGGAACUUCGUUUUCCUCUGUCUGAGUUGGACGGGGCGGUAAUACAGAGACUCUCCCACUUGGAGGUCGAAUUGCAGCAUCUGGAAGAAGGUAUGAAAUUGGCUCUGACGCAGCAAGAAAAUGUGGAAAACACACGAAAGAGGGUGAAAGAAGAGGGACGUCUUGUUCAAAAGGCAGCGGAGACCACUGUGAAUGAGGCCAAGAAGCACAAACCCCCAAAGCAACUCUUUCCACACUCACAGCUUUUCAAGCAAUGGGGCCAGGAUCUUUCUGAGGCCCAGCAGAGAAAGGCCCAAGACCUCUUUCAGAAGUUUGGUUACAACGUGUACCUCAGUGACCAGCUACCCCUCAAUCGCACCAUCCCUGACACACGAGAUUCCAGGUGUCUUCAGAAGACAUAUUCUUCGCAACUUCCAUCCCUCAGUGCCAUUCUCAUAUUCACAAACGAAGCUCUGUCCAUAAUACAACGGGCCAUCACCAGUAUCAUCAACCGGACUCCUUCUUGGUUGUUGAAGGAAAUCAUCUUGGUGGAUGAUUUCAGCUCCAAUGGAGAACUAAAGGGUUUUUUGGAUGAGAAGAUUAAGCUUUACAACCAGGAAUAUCCAGGACUACUGAAGAUAAUACGGCAUACUGAGAGGAAAGGUCUGGCUGAAGCACGCAACACUGGCUGGGAAGCUGCCUCGGCGGAUGUGGUUGCCAUCUUGGAUGCUCACAUCGAGGUCAACGUUGGGUGGGCAGAGCCCAUUUUGGCUCGGAUUCAGGAAGACCGCACCGUGGUUGUGUCUCCUGUGUUUGACAACGUUCAUUUUGACACCCUCCAACUGGAGAAGUAUGAAUUGGCAGUUGAUGGGUUUAACUGGGAACUGUGGUGCCGCUACGAUGUACUGCCACAAGCCUGGAUUGAUCUGCGUGAUGCCACUGCUCCAGUGAAGAGUCCUUCCAUCAUGGGCAUCUUGGCUGCUAACAGGCUCUUCCUGGGAGAGAUCGGCUCUCUGGAUGGUGGGAUGCUCGUCUACGGAGGAGAGAAUGUGGAACUUAGCCUGAGGGUGUGGCAGUGUGGAGGGAGGAUCGAGAUCUUACCCUGUUCCCGGAUUGCUCACGUAGAGAGACACCACAAGCCUUAUGCCUUGGAUCUGAGCCCUGCCUUGAGGCGCAAUGCUCUGAGAGUGGCUGAAAUCUGGAUGGAUGAGUACAAACAUAUGGUCUAUUUGGCCUGGAACAUACCUCUCCAGAACUCCGGGAUCGAUUAUGGAGACAUUUCUUCCAGAAGGGCACUCCGGGAGAGACUGAAAUGUAAAACUUUUGACUGGUACUUGAAAAAUGUUUAUCCACUUCUGAAACCGAUCAACACCAUCGUGGGCUAUGGAAGAAUGAAAAACUCACUGGAUGAAAGUGUCUGCCUGGAUCAGGGACCUGUCCCAGGCAACACCCCCACCAUGCAUCACUGCCAUCAAUUUUAUUCACAGAAUGUGUACUAUCACCUAACUGGGGAGCUCUAUGUGGGAAAACUGAUUGCAGAGGAAAAUACUAGAGACCGCUGCCUGACAGACCCUGGCAAGGGGGAGAAACCCUCUUUAGAGUCAUGUUCCAAGGCAACUAAAAAUGGACUGUUCAUGUAUUGGGAUUUUAAACCGGGAGAAGCCGUCAUAAAUAGGGACACCAAGCGGUGUCUGGAGAUCCAGAGGGAAGCCUCGGGCACCUACGUGCUUGUGCUCCAGACCUGCACCACGCAAGUGUGGGGGAUACAACACACCGUCGGGAACUGGGGUCAGACCAGUGUCAGAGAGCCUCACCAGGGAACACCAGCUCUUGCAGAUAGAAUGACUUCUACGACUUCUACGGCUUCUACUCCCAACGCUACUCAUAGUGGGAGAGGGUGA